AUGGCUACUCGAUCAAGAAAAGUCCAGCCAGCACUCAAAGAAGGGGUGGAAGAAUUUCGUGCCAAGGCUAGUGUUUCCAAAACAUCUUUGUCUCACAAUGCAGAAGCUCCUCCAUCUAGGAAAAGGAAGCUGCAAGAUGUGGCAGUAGCGAAGAAGCCUUGUUCUGCCGGAAAGGAAGAAAAGCCAAACAGCUAUAGAGAGCAACUCUGUAUACCUUCGCCGACCAAGAAGUCACAGAGGUCGAAAUCACCCCAAGGAUCGUACGAAAAGCGGAUGAAGCGUUAUCGAAAGCAAGCGCCGCAUUCGUAUCUGCAGAAACUUCAGAGAGCACAGACUCAAAGAAUGAUCGUCCUGAAACGUACCCGCGCUGGUACGGAGGCCUUUCCCAGUGAGGAUAUCGACCUCGUUGGCUCUACUGGAAAUAUAUACACCGUUACGAUCGGCCAAAUCCCUUCAUGCACCUGUCCUGAUCAUCAGAAAGGAAAUGAGUGCAAGCACAAAGUGUACGUCUUACAUAACGUGCUGAAAGCACCCGAGCAUCUUCAGUAUCAGCUCGCUUUCUUGUCCUCGGAGCUAAGGGACAUAUUUGCGUCAGCGCCAGCUAUACCAACAGAUAUUUCCAGUGCCGAUGACUGUGGUGGCAAGCGGAAGCCAGUUGAGGGUGAAUGUCCGAUCUGUUAUAUGGACUUCGAUGAAGCGCACAAUGAGCUGGUGUGGUGUAAAGCAGCAUGCGGCAACAACAUGCAUAAAUCAUGUUUCGACCAAUGGGCUGCAAGUCAGCGUGAGGUUGGAGUGAAGUGUGUCUACUGUCGUACGCCAUGGCAUGUUGACCCUGGAGAUCUUAAUGAAGUCAAGAAAGCGGGGUCAAUCGGCGCUGAUGGUUAUGUCAAUGUUGGCGAGCAAUUUGGCAUGUCGCAAGCGAGGGAUUAUUCGACGUAUCAUCCGUUCUGGGUCAGGCGGCAUCUUGGGACAGCAUGGUCAAUUCGUUGGUUCCUCCGAGGAGGCAUUCAACACAAGUAUUCCGUACACAAGGAUACAGACGCCAGAAAAUGA